GACCAAAUAUCCUCUUGUUAAAUAUUUCUGAGGCCUGUACUUGAAGAAAGACGUGAUUUUCUCAAAUCUGUGAACAGGACACUUUUCAAAAAAUGUCAAAAUAAACCAUCUGCUUGUACAACUGUUUCUAAUUACUUCCCUGCCUAGACUCUCCGCUGGAGGAGUUUGGCACCCGUACCCCGCCCAGAGCGGCUCCACUGCCCAAGUCUUUGCAGGCAAUUGAGCCUCCAGGAGGAGCCCAGAACCUGCGAGCUCGGGUGUCCCUAGUCCUUCUGUCUGGACAUCUGCUGGUGACACUUCUACUGUCUCCGGAGGAAACCCCACGGUGCUGGCCUGCCCUCCUGCCUGCGGAGCUCAGCAUGCAUUCCUUCGGCUUCAGGAACUUUUUGUUGCUGGCAUCUUCCCUCUCCUUCCUUGGGUUGUCAGCUGCUUCUCAGAGCUUCUCACCAUCUCUGAGAAGCCUGUCUGGAGUCCCAUGCAGGCUGUCCAGGGCCGAGUCCGAGCGCAGAUGCCGUGCACCUGGGCAGUCCCCAGAGGGCGCCCUGUGCCAUGGCCGUGGCCAGUGCGAGUGCGGGGUCUGCAUCUGUCACGUGACCGAACCUGGCACCUACUUUGGGCCGCUCUGCGAGUGCCAGGAGUGGGUGUGCGAGACAUACGACGGGAAAACCUGCGCAGGCCAUGGUACUUGUGACUGCGGCAAGUGCAUGUGUGAUGUGGGAUGGUCUGGUGAAGCUUGUCAGUACCCAACCACAUGUGACCUGACAAAAAAAAUCAGCAACCAGAUGUGCAGGAACUCUCAAGAUGUCAUCUGCUCCAAUGCAGGCAUAUGCCACUGUGGCAGGUGCAAGUGUGAUGAUUUGGAUGGAAAUGGACUCAUUUAUGGUAAAUUUUGUGAGUGCGACGACAGAGAAUGCAUAGAUGAUGAAACAGAAGAAGUGUGUGGAGGCCAUGGGAAGUGUUACUGUGGAAACUGUUACUGCGAGGCUGGUUGGCAUGGAGAUAAAUGUGAAUUCCAGUGUGACAUCACCCCCUGGGAAAGCAAGCGAAGAUGCACAUCUCCAGAUGGCAAAGUCUGCAGCAACAGAGGAACAUGUGUGUGUGGCGAAUGUUCCUGCCAUGAUGUUGAUCCGACUGGGGACUGGGGAGACAUUCAUGGGGACACGUGCGAGUGUGAUGAAAGGGACUGCAGAGCUGUUUAUGAUCGAUACUCUGAUGAUUUCUGCUCAGGUCAUGGGCAGUGCAACUGUGGAAGAUGUGACUGCAGAGCUGGCUGGUAUGGGAGGAAAUGUGAGCACCCAAGUUCCUGCCCAUUGUCAGCUGAGGAGAGCGCCAGGAAGUGCCAGGGUGGCUCAGACCUGCCUUGUUCUGGAAGGGGCAAAUGUGAAUGUGGCAGGUGCACUUGCUACCCUCCUGGAGACAACAGAGUGUACGGCAAGACCUGCGAGUGUGACAACCGGCGCUGUGAGGACCUGGAGGGCGUGGUCUGCGGAGGCCAUGGCGUGUGUUCCUGUGGCCGUUGUGUUUGUGAGAAGGGCUGGUUUGGCAAGCUCUGCCAACACCUGCGGAAGUGUAAUAUGACAGAAGAACAGAGCAAAAGUCUGUGUGAGUCAGCAGAUGGCACAUUGUGCUCAGGGAAGGGUUCUUGUCACUGUGGAAAGUGCAUUUGUUCUGCAAAAGAGUGGUAUAUUUCAGGGGAAUUUUGUGACUGUGAUGACAGAGACUGCGACAAGCACGACGGUCUCAUUUGCACAGGGAAUGGAAUCUGUAACUGUGGGAACUGUGAAUGCUGGGAUGGAUGGAAUGGAAAUGCAUGUGAAAUCUGGCUUGGCACCGAAUAUCCUUAGUGAUCACAUGGGAGACAGCUGAAUUCUUAUUUCAGGCCAUUUUUGACAUUCAGAGGAAAGCAUGCAUACACAGUACUAGGACAGACUUUGUGUGUUUUUCUAUUUCUGACUGCCCGAGUAAAAUGUGGUUCUUCAUUGGAAAUGGCUUCAGCAAGCUGAUGUGAUUACACCAUAAAGAAUUGUUCUCCCACAACC